GAUCUAUAGAAAAAUAAUAUAUAGCCCCAUCCAUACAGUGACUCACAUCAUUCAGAUCGUUUCUAGUAAAGAAAAACAAGAAGCCAGCAGUUUUGUCAACUAAUUUCAGACACUUGACUAAAUGCGUGAUCGUCACUUGGCCAAAAUGCCGCGUGGAGGAACAACAACAGCGCGCUAUGAGGAGGAUCCGGACAAUGCCUGGAACUGCUGCUCCUGGUGCGAGUACUUGCUGAUCGUGAUACUCUCCACCAUUCUGCUGGUGGGUGUCCUGGUGCUGACCCUCUUCUGGGUGAUGUUCUAUCGCGAUGGCUUCGCCUGGUCGGAGAGCCCCAAGCAGCAGUUCAAUCUGCAUCCCAUCCUGAUGAUUGCCGGUUUCGUCACUCUCUCUGGAUUUUCCAUCUUGAUCUAUCGCCUGUGCCGGUGCGUGAAGCACAUCUAUGUGAAGCUGAUCCACAUGUUCUUUCACGCCAUUGCCAUUCCGUGCAUCGCCCUGGGUUUCCUCUCCGUCUUCGACUCCCACGAGGCAUUGCAAAAGGUGAACUUCUACAGCCUGCACUCGUGGCUGGGUUUCGUGACUAUGGGCAUGUUUGUGCUGCAGUUUGUGAUCGGGUUCUUCAGCUUUCUGGUGAUGCUCUGCUGUGAGAACAAAACCUACAGCUGCCGCUCCGCCAUGGUGCCCAUACACGCCAGUCUGGGUCUGGCCAACUUCUGGCUGGCCAUUGCCACAUCUGUGACGGGUCUCAUUGAGAAGGAGCGCGAGACGGUGGCCGAGACCAACGUGAGCGCCGAGAACAAGCUCAUCGAGCAUUACAUCACCAGUGCCAUCGGCAUUACUCUGAUCUUCAUCGGGAUCAUUGUCACCUUUGCGGUGCGACGAUCCAACGCUCCUGCCUCGGCCAAAGUCUACGUCACCGAACGCAUUUAGGACGUUCCAGCUGGGCCCAGCCAACCACAGCCAGUGCAGGAAGAGCGUCUCAAAGGAGACGCAUCCAAGGACUCAGAGCUUUGAACCAUUGUCGUCCUGUCGUGAAAGGCUUAGCACAAAACAGAUCACGCUUCUGCAUACUCUAUCCUAUCCAUUCAUACCUGUUAUAACGUUUUACAUCCACAUGUUGUAAAUGCCAAAUUGAAUUCCCCUUAUAGACUCUACUGCGUAAAUCAAAGAACCUUUCUCACCCAUCCAAUGGCAGUUUAAACUCCUAAGUAGAUUUGUAGGUUUAGGAAUCUCAAAGCACUACCGCCUCACCGCUGGGGGUAGUAGACAGUA